GAUAGAAAUAUUCUUCCCUUGAAUGCCACUAUUUUUUUUUCUUGCUUCCCAAAGUAAUAUUUAGAAAAUAAAAGCAGCGUUGAGCUUUGGGUUCUAAUUCUCUAUUGGGGGGAAUAUUGUCGAUGGGCGAGGCAUUAAUGGGUUUAGGGGAGGGCUGACCUGUAACGCGGCCAUUUGGGACGGUACACACCGCGGGCCGCUCGAAGCUGGAGCAGCAGUUGCGGAGUUUCCUCCCCCCACAACAGGAUAUCGUUAUUUUCAGAAUGCGUGAUGGUUUAUUUACGAAAAACAACUGAAUGACCAAUAUGAUCUAGACCUGAGUGAAAAGGAAAACUGCAAACUUCACUAAACAAUUUUGGAGGUGACAGUACCGUCAUAACAGGCAUCCAAAUGGCAACUGCCAAGUACUUACAAUUAAUAGGAUUUAUCACAGCUAUCGUCCUUUCAAUAGCAGAUGGCUUUAAGCAUGAUCAGAAUAGUGAGGAGGAGUCAGACUUUCCAUUCACAUCUGAUGGGCAGAGAUUUCCCUGGAACAAAAUGAGAUUGCCUGAAACAGUUAUGCCAGUGCAUUAUGAACCUAUACAACCAAAUCUGACCAUGCUGAACUUUUCUGCAUCUGUGAGGAUUGAGGUCUCUGUUGGAAUGGAUACCAAGUCCAUCAUCUUGCACAGCAAAAAACUUGACAUCGUCAAGGCAACCAUUGCACUGCUGAAAGAGGAUGGAUCAGUUGGACCAGAAAGCAACCUACAUCUUUUGGAAUAUCCACCAUAUGAGCAAAUUGCUCUUCUGUCCAGUGGACUCUUAUACUCCGGAAAUACGUACUUGAAUAUUGACUACAUUGGUAAUCUUUCAGAUAGUUACCAUGGCUUUUACAAGGGCAGUUACAGAACACAAGAUGGCGAAUUAAGAGUGUUGGCUUCCACCCAGUUUGAGCCUACUGCAGCACGGAUGGCAUUUCCGUGCUUUGAUGAGCCUGCCUUCAAAGCCAAAUUUACAAUCAAAAUACAAAGGGAAUCCAGACACAUUGCUCUCUCCAACAUGCCUAUUGUAAACUCUGUUAAAUUAGCUGAUGGACUCAUUGAGGAUCAGUUUGAUGUGAGUGUGAAGAUGAGUACAUACCUAGUGGCCUUCAUUGUGGCAGAUUUUAAAUGCAUUACGAAGUCCAAACGCGGAAUUAAGGUCUCUGUGUAUUCUGUUCCAGACAAGAUCAACCAGACUUCAUUUGCACUAGAUGCAGCUGUGAAACUCUUAGACUUUUAUGAAGAUUAUUACUAUCCAUACCACUGCCCAAAGCAAGAUUUGGCAGCAAUCCCUGAUUUUCAAUCUGGAGCUAUGGAGAACUGGGGCUUGACAACCUACAGAGAAACAGCUCUGCUUUACAACUCUGAAACCUCUUCAGCUUCUGACAUACUCUGGAUCACCAUGAUCAUAGCACAUGAGCUGGCUCACCAGUGGUUUGGCAACUUGGUGACCAUGGAGUGGUGGAAUGAUCUAUGGCUGAACGAAGGAUUUGCCAAAUUUAUGGAAUAUGUCUCCGUUAAUAUCACGUUCCCGGAGCUGCAAGUUAAAGAGUUCUUCUUGGACAAAUUUUUCAGUGCCAUGGAAGUGGACGCCUUCAAUUCUUCACAUCCAGUAUCAACUCUGGUGGAAAAUUCUGCACAGAUCCAUGAAAUGUUUGACGAGGUCUCUUAUGAAAAGGGAGCUUGCAUUCUGAACAUGCUGAUGGACUAUCUGACGGAAGAGGUUUUUAAAGCCGGCACGAUUAGCUACCUCCAACGACACAGCUAUGCAAAUGCAAAAAAUGAGGAUUUAUGGAAUAGUCUGACUAAUAUUUGUCAUUCAGAUGAUGCACAUGGAAGCAGACUAAAUAAGCCACAAUUUUGCAGAAGAAGUUCAGACCUAUCUUCUGGUUCACAUUGGUUCAAGGAAGAUGUCCUUGAUGUAAAGGCAAUGAUGAAUACUUGGACGCUUCAGAAGGGGUUCCCACUGGUAACUGUUACCAUGAAAGGAAGACAAGUCCUUUUUAGAGCAAGAGUACUUCCAGAAAGUUACCUGUGGCACAUUCCACUAACUUACAUUACGAGCCACUCUAAAACCAUCCAGAGGCACUUGAUGAAGACAAAAAAGGUAAAUAAUACCUGUUAUAAUUUAUAUUAUCAUGCUUUCAGAGGAAGUAACUGGAUAAAGUUCAAUGUGGAUAUGAAUGGCUAUUACAUUGUGCAUUAUGAAAAUGAUGGAUGGGAUGCAUUAAUUACAAUGAGAAAAAACCACACAGUCCUCAGCAGCAAUGACCGAGACCUUAUUAACAAUGCCUUUCAGCUUGUGAGUGUAGGAAGGCUGCCACUUGACAAAGCCCUUGACUUGACACUAUAUCUGAGGAAUGAAAUCAGCACUAUGCCAGUCUUCCAAGGCAUGAAUGAGCUCAUACCCAUAUAUAAGCUUAUGGAGAGGAGGGAAAUGGUGGAAAUUGAAACUAAAAUGAAGGCAUACAUAGUGGAUUUAUUUAAGAACCUGAUUGAUCAGCAGUCGUGGACCGACGACGGUUCGGUUUCAGAACGGUUGCUACGUAGUUCGCUUCUGGUAUUUGCCUGUGUCCGCAAGUACCAGCCCUGUGUUGACAAAGCAGAGGAGUAUUUCAGGAAAUGGAAGGAUUCCAAUGGUACCUUGAGCUUACCCACUGAUGUUGCAACAGCAAUCUUUGCAGUUGGAGCCCAGACAGCAGAAGGAUGGGACUUCCUACUUGAGAAAUACAGACGCUCUCUCUUUAGUUCAGAGAAGAGCAAAAUUAAGAGUGCCUUAACAAGCAGCAACAAUACAGAGAAGCUCCAGUGGUUAAUGGAUCAAAGUUUGGAAGGUGAUAUUCUCAAAACACAGGAUCUGCCUUAUAUCAUUGUGGUCAGCAGAAACCCAAAAGGACAUCGUCUUGCUUGGGAAUUCUUUAAGAAGAACUGGGACAAGCUGGUUCAAAAGUUUGAACUCGGUUCACAUUCAAUUGCUUUUACUGUUGACGGUGUUCUCUCCCACUAUUCAACAAGACUCCAUCUUGAAGAGGUCCAAAGAUUUUUUGGAUCUUUGGAGGACAAUGGUUCACAGCUCCGGUGUGUUCAACAGGCAACUGAAGAUGAGGAGAACAUCCAGUGGAUGGACAAGAACCUUGAUAAGAUCAGUACUUGGUUGGAGAACUUAAAACCUGUUGACUAAUUCAAUGGCAAUAUCCAUUAAACACACACUGGACAUGCACAGUGAUGUUGAAUAUGGUGCAGAGCUUAUUUUGAUAUCAUUUACAAAAAAAAAAUUGACUAUGCAUAGAAACCCACAACGAUGCAGGCCGUGCACACUGAAGCAGGCCUUGACUGGAGGCUUGAGGCCUACUUCAGUGUUUUUUUUAAAGGACACCAACCUCAUCUAGUUGACUGCAAAUGAAAUUGGAGGUUCUUUUCCUUUCUUAGAAGGGGAUGGGAGCAAUUACUAAUUGCCAUUCUCAGGCCCCACUGAUCCUUUCUCUCCCCCACUCCCCUGCUAAUUGUUUCAUUAACUACCAAUUCUUUACUGAGGUAUUCCCUUGCGCUAACCAAAAAUCCCUCCUGAUCUCCCUGAUCAUUAUCUCCAGGAUCCCCCUUCCUCUGAAAUAUCCUUUCACCUCCAAUCCACUCCCAAACUUACUUCUUCCAAGAGCUCCACUUUCCGUGUAGGUUAGAAAAGAUCCUUUGUGCAUGGCCUGUUCCAUGGUCCAUGUAUUUUGUGCCUCGCGUGCAUUGGAAUAUUAGUGGCAGAUGGCUCGAACCAAACUGGUGGCAGUGCCACGUUAGUGCACUACCGUGCCUGCAGUACCGCGACCUGCAAGAGAGUCCUUUGGAGCUUUUCCACGGGUUGGUUCGCGGCCGACGUCUGACAACUGUCAAUGCCCCUUCACGUCUCAUUGAAGCACCCCAGGGCUCCCCUUCGGCGAUAGACUGAGUGACAGAGAACACAACGUUGCUAAGUACUGGAUGUCGAUAAGUAUCACUGAGAACUACAUGCAAACGUGAGCUCGAUUUUACCAGGGAAGUGUUAAUGAGAGAGUUUGGGUUUUUGGUCUUGUUUCUUUUAAUUUGGGUUGGAUUGAUUUGUGGUUAGAACUGUAGUUUCCUUUGCGUUUAGUUAUUUUAGUUGGGUCAAGUAAAGUUACUCAAACUUCUUGUGAAAUUGUGGGUGUCUUUCGUUACCGAUUCUGUCGUUUGAAAGGAACCUGAGUCCGGUUUUAGUACGG